CCUUAGUGCACGUGACGAUCAGCUGACUCCAAUCGGAAGCAGGCUUCAGAAACAACACAUCUUCAUACACAAUACUUGACUUUUGCAGUUAUUUACGAUUGAUAAUAAUGGAGUCGACCCUAGAACAGCAUCUCGAUGAUACCAUGAAGAAUCCAGCAGUUGUCGGAGUGCUCUGCACGGAUCAACAAGGACACAAUCUGGGCUGCCGUGGCUCCCUGUCUGAUGAACACGGCGGUGUUGUGUCAGUUUUGGCCAAACAAGCUGCAGCUCUCAUCAAAGACCCAACAGAUAGUCCGACAGUGUGCUUGGAGUCUGAGUCAGGAAACGUUCUGGUGAGGAGUCAUGGGACCGUCACAGUAGCAGUUCACAAGAUAGCAUCUUGAAGACGACACAACUUACUGAGGAUUGUAUAUGUAAAGAAGUAUAAUCGAAGUAUAAUCACACAACCUGGUUGAACUGUAAGAAAGAUCUUUUUCUUGUUUUUAAACCAGAACAUGCUUGCCAAUUUUCUAACACUUGGAGUUAGAUUCCCUUCUUUUAAAUAUAUAAAAUAUAUAUAAAUAUGUACACCAAUCUGUCAGUAAUGCAUUAAUAAAAAGGCCCAUCGUGUUAUUUCCAGCCAUGUUAAUACUUUGUCUGUGUGUCUUUUUGUUGUCAUCCUUCAUUCCACGGCACUGAUGCACAGAGAACAACCCUAAAGAAACUUCAACUCGACUUUAUGUUGCCCUUUUCUGUGUUAAGUAUUCCUCAUGUCCUCCUUUGCUUGGUGUUUUGU